AUGCUUCUGUCGAAAAUUCUGAGACUGAAAAACCAUAAUCAGUUUGGUGGCAUGCAGACCAAAGAACUAACAGAAACUUUGUUCCUGGGAGGCGCAACACUGAGCACCGCCAAGAUCAGCUGCAGCUCAGUGCCCUUGGCAGACAAGGGCGAUGCUUUAAUGGAGGCGCUGAGAAAGAUACACGUCAACCUAGUGGUAAAAGAUACCUACCAGUUCUUCCAGGUACCGGUUGAUCCAUCACAGGCACCACAGUACACAGAGAUUAUCACACGUCCGAUGGACUUCGGCACAAUGUUCACGAAAUUGGAGGCAGAAGAAUACGGUUCAAUCGACGACUACAGAGCAGACUUUGAGCUCAUGUGCAACAACGCUAUGACUUAUAACAUGGAAGCAACUAUCUAUCACAAGAGCGCUAAGAGGCUGCUCAAGCAAGGGUUAGCGCUCAUCAGGAAGGAAACCAAGGUGCAUGCGAGAAUUCUCAAGCAAUUGGAGAAGGAGGCCAAGCAAGCUGCUACAAAGCGCAGAGAGAAGUCGGUGUCCGUCGCUCUAACCAGUGAUGAAGAGGACGACAGCAUGAUGGAGCUGGAGGGACCGGCAAGCCCUGGCGACGCUGAGGAAGAAGUGUAUGUGGGGGGCUUGAUGCAAAGGCAACCCAGCACCAUGCUUGAGGCGCAGACGCUAAGACACUACGCAACGGAAGCGGCUAGAAACGCGUCAAACGCUAUAAAUAGAUCGGAGUCACGCCCGCACCCGCUUGUGUUUGAUCGGAAGGGAAACCUUAUGUUCGCGGACGAAGAUACAGCGGCCAAAAUGAACUUCUUAACCAACGAACGAGCGAAUGCCGUGUGUGGGAAGACACUGGGUGAGGAACUGGCUGAGUUACCUAUAUCCUAUCCCACCUUUUAUACGAAAGCCGCACUCGCUGCGGCAUCGACAAGUGGUGUACCGGCCAAAAGCGGAGCGCCCCAACCCGUCACGCAUGUCACCGGUGCAUCGCAAACCAAUCAGCUGCACCUGUGUGCGCAGUUGUUGACAGGGCCAUACUCGAGUCACCUGCCCAAGGCCGACAACAGGUAUAGCAAGCUCACAGCCGCCCAGCAGAAGGUGGUGGAGAGCACCUUUGGAGACGAACACGUGUAUUCGUACGCCUGUUCACUUCGGAAACGGGCUGAGAAUAUAGCCAUUGCGCCGGACGGGGAAAGAGAUCGUGUGGACAGCCUCAUAACGAAGCUCACAGACAACCGGUACAAACGCACGGAGUGGCCGUCGCGCAGCCUGGACUCAGAAAUACAGACCCUUGGAGUGGACAAAACGCCGCCGGUGAGUGCUGAGGAGCUGAAGGUGCUGGUGGCCCUGAGCAAGGAAGACGGGGUGGACAUGAAGUGGCUGGACACCAUGUUUAAGCCAAGGGACGAGAACAUCAGGCGCACCCCCGAGUGUGUGCAGGAUGUCUUGGACGAUACGUCUGGUUUACUGUGGGAGUUGGAGAAGGUGCAAGCCAUACGCAAAGCGGUCGGCAACACCUCCUCGUACAAACCGGAGGAACGGGCGUUGGCACAAGAAAUAGUGACGCGGCUGAAGCAGCUUUUAAGCAUCGCCUACCCUCAGUAGAGGUACCUACAGCCCUCUCUCUCUCUCUCUACCAACACGUUGGUAUUAGCUGAGUAUAUGAGCUGUGGUCAUUCUGGUGGGCACAUCCGAAGCAGCCGGAGUGCCUCUAACCUAUCAAUGGCC